UAUCGUCUACCGACUGUGUGUAUAUGUUUGAUAUGUAUACUUUAAAACGAACCGAAUUGCUAGCACGAAAAGUGAAACAUAUUCCCCACAUUGCAAACCAAAUAAAGUGUAAACUAAUUGUCGUUGUGAACCGAUUCGACUUUGAUUUGCUGUCGAUCUAGGGGGGCUCUUAUUUUUCUGCGUUCUCUACGAUUACAUUUCCGUUCGAGUCUGGGAGUUCCGCAAAAAACGUUUCGUUAAACACUGAGAUCAUGGGCGACUCUCCGAAAGAGCGGCGCAGCAAGGAGGCCGCCGUGCCCGAGGCCUCCGCCAAGGAGGCGGAAACUGCCAAGGGGAAAAAAGAGAAGAAGGAAAAGGCGGAAAAGUCGGCCGAGGCCAGCCAGAAGCCGAGGCCAGCAAGCAGCCAGCGCGGAUCGCUGACCAAGUCCCAUAUGGGCGUUCCUCUGGGCAUGGGUGCUCCGGCGGCCAAGCCCACCAUGCGCUUCAUGCCCACCUACCGCCUGGAGUCGAAGAAUCCUCUGAACAAGGAGCGCGUAGAGAACAUCAUCAAGGCGGUGAUGAACCGACACUAUAACGAUGAGUACAUGUUCCAUCCCAAGCACUCGCUGCACAUGGCUGCCCAGGUCAGCGAGGAAAUCAAGAACCGUAUUAAGCUCGACAACUACGACAGAUAUCGCUACAUUGUGCUGGUCACUGUGGGCGAAUUCCUGAUGCAGGGCCUCUACUCCAUGGUCAACUUCUUGUGGGAUGCUGAAAAGGACGGAUUUGUGACCUACAGCGUGGAGAGACCUUCGUAUUUUGCGGUCUGCACCACCUUUUACCUGUACUACGAUUGAAAUAGGGGGAUU